AUGGCCGGGCUCUACCGGCCGGGGCUCGUGGCCGGGCCCGGAAGCUCAGCUUUUUCUGCACCCGCACUGCCCGCUGCUCGGGUGACACCUGGCUGCCCGGCGUGCCCCACCCAGAGCUCACCUGCAGCUUCCCGGAGACGUUUGUUCCCCGGCGCUGACGGCACAGUGGGCCCUGUCGCUGGGAGACUCCACUUCCCAGCGUGCCCCGCGGCGCGCCCGCGCCUGCCGCUCCCGGCCGGCCCCGCGCGCACCCGGCCGGCCCGGCGGGAGGCGGCAGCCCUGGCCGAGCGGGUCCCGUCGAGCGCGGGUCCAGCGAGGCCGCCCGCCCCGCCGCGGCCCGGGCCCAGGAGAUUCCCCCCUCCCGCGUCCUGCCAACCUAAUGGAACCAGCCAAGAAGCCCUGCAGUAUGAAAUCAAAGAGCUGAAACAGAAAGACCUUGCUCUAGACCAGGAAACUGCACAAUUAUUGUCUGAAGGCUACAGCCUGGAGGAAUUGGAGCAGCACAUUUCUCUGCUCCAUGAGUACAAUGAUAUUAAAGAUGCUGGACAGACGCUGCUGGGCAAACUGGCUGUUAUCCGAGGGGUUACUACAAAGCAGCUCUACCCUGAAUACGAUCUGGAGCUUAGCGACUAGUAUUGAACCUGAAGACUGCCCCAUCCUGCAAAAAUGACACUUACUGGGCCGUGACGUUUUGGUGUGGUAUUGGUUCAGAGCUGACAGAAGGUGGCCUCAGAAGCGUGUGUGUAGAAUUGCAACAGCGUGUGAAUUAGCUGCCUUAUUUCUGAGAAGCUUUACAACGCAAAAGCUGUUGAAUCUGUCAACUGUGUCCUGCUUGUGGGAAAGGGAUGUAGGACUUUGGAUAAUUUUGUCUCCUGUCUGAUGGGACAGUAUUUUAUUUUUUUUCGUUUCUUGGAAAGGCCGUAAUUCAGGUUGAUGUGAAGACUCUUCCCGUGGAGACCUUGCUUCUCUCCAACAUCCAGGGGCUGUUUGGUUACUGAAUAAUAGAGGAAGCGAGGGCAUGCAAACGUGCAAUGUAAUAGCUGCUUUGAAAGAAAAGAAAAAACCCUCGGAAGCAGCAAGGGAAGAAGGCUGAAGUUGUGGUGGCUUGGGGGUUGGUUUUGUUUUAUGAUCACAUCUGGGUGAGUCUGGGUAUUCUGCAUUUUUGUACUUAACUGCUCGGGUAGCUAGAGGUUCUGUAUCAUUUCUGUGGUAAAUGGCAAAAGGUGAAGUUGUAUUGAACUGUCCUGUCUGAAUAAAGCAGCUGUCGCAUU